CACUUCAAUGUUUGGCGCAAGCGCUCUGUGGUUAUCGGUUAGCCAUCCCUGUGUGCGGAUCUGCCCUUGAAUUCUUGUAAAGACUGGACUUUCCACUGUGAUUAACAUUGAAAAUGGCGAAAGCGGAACAGGUGUUGAUCUUAGAACCGUCCCAGGAACUCAAAUUUAAAGGUCCCUUUACUGAUGUUGUCACAUCCCAGCUGAAGCUUACCAAUCCCACAGAUAGGAGAGUAUGUUUUAAGGUGAAAACCACAGCUCCUCGACGGUAUUGUGUGCGUCCAAAUUCUGGGUUAGUGGAUUCUCAUGGUUCAGUCAGUGUGGCAGUGAUGCUCCAACCUUUUGACUAUGACCCACAUGAAAAGAACAAGCAUAAGUUUAUGGUGCAAAGUCUCUUUGCAGGAGAAGGAGAAGUCAACCUUGAUGCUUUGUUUAAGGAGGCUGAUCUGAGUCAGUUGAUGGACUCAAAAUUGCGGUGCGUAUUUGAGUUACCGAUGGAUGCUUCUGCACAGGCACCACAAAACAACAUUGAUGCUUCCCCAGCACCACAGCCAGCGAUGGAAUCAUGCAAGCCAUCACCUAAGGCAAACAACAGUGAUGCAGAGCUUAGGAAGGCUGGUGAUGAAAUCAAGCGACUUCGGGAGGAGAUCAGCUCACUUCGCCAAGAGAACCUUCAGCUUAAGGAGGACUCACUGAGGCAGCGCUCACAUCCAAGCACAGGAGAGAAGAAACUAAAUGUGGCGGCUAGUGUCAUCCCACAGCAUGAAACUCCGCAGGCAAACUCAAUGAUGCACGUGGUUGCUGCUGUCAUCAUUGCUCUUGUUGGGUUCAUUCUUGGCAAGUUUUUCCUCUGAAGAAGUUCCACUGCCAUCGCCCAAGAUCACUAGGUAGCAAUCGGCCAUUUUCUACCACAAACCAACACAGACUUGUCAAACUUUUGGGGGGCAUAUCCAUCAUUUGGUGGACUUAUGCUGCUAGCUGGAAACAUUAUUAGCUAUCUUCCAUAGCAAUUUGCCUUUAUUCCAAAAUGAGAUAGUAUUUGGCUGUCAUUGACUCCUAAUACUUUUAUAUAAAAAUUUGCUUGAGAGAAGCUACAAGAUAACUAAUUAGAAAGUGCUGCCUUCACUUUACCCAAGUUUUAAAUGCUAAUGUAAGCUUCAAACCUCUGGGUAAGUGUAACAGAUAUCUUGUAAUUUUAAAGCAAUCCAGUUAGCUUGCUUUAAGUAAUUUAUUUGAUAAAUUAUGGAAUAGUGAUAAUAAAUUAAAGAAGUAUGAAGACCGUGCAUUUCAUUUUAAAGGAUUAAGCAUAUUUAUAAUUUUAUAUACUGUAAGGAGUAUACAGAAUAUAUAAUUUUUUGCCCAGAAAUAAAUCGCAUUUGCAUUUCAUGUGCAUCACCUUUGCCUGUGAUUAGUUAUAACUCACAUUUUGAAAUAUAUCAUGUGCUCUUUUAAUAUAUAUCAUUUAGCAAUAGGUAAAGCAUUAAUGUCUUCAAUUAGCUUGGGGAAAAAUUUACUUUACCCAAGCAUUGUUUCACAUUUACAAGUUAAAAUGAUGGAUUUAAAAAAAAAUGUGUUAUGCCAUUACAAUCCCAAGACAACAAUUCCAAAACAGUUGUAAGACUUGGGUGUCAGAAUAGCUUCUCAAGUUCUUUCAUUUUAUUAAAAGAACAAAAUAUUUUAUCAACUUCAUUUAAUUUAGUCCACUCUAUAGACUAACCCAUUUCUCAUGAAAAUGUCACUUUUGUAGAAUUCAUAGUAGAUGAUAUUGAUUUUAUACCUUAAAUGGAGGUUAUGAUUUAGUUAAAUUAUCUGCUGUAUACCCUGAUCUGGUCAUUGCUAAUUAUUCCAUUCUACUUCAUAUAGUCUUGGUGAAGUUUGUACAGAACUUCACUUCCUGUUCUCUAGUGCAGGAUAAAUGGAAGUUGGAACUGCAAUUGAGAUGAGCAAGAAUUAUCCUUAUGUUGAAUUCAUUCAAGUUGCGGCUGAUGAAUCAUGGUGGAAAUCUUGUUUGGUGUAAGUUUCUACAGGGUUGACAAAGUAGAGGGCAGUGUAGGUGUCAGUCACUCAUGUGUAGGUAGUAGCAAGGUUUGAAACAUAGUCUCCAAAGACACUAGGAUGAGGGACUCAUAUGUGCAUACUGGCCCAAGAGUGAGGACUUGUGGAACUUGUCUCCAGGGCAACUCGACAUUAUAAAAUGUAGCUAAUAUACAUACAGUACUCUAAAACACGCAGCCCUUCAUAAGGUGUGACGUGGCAUGGUCUUACACUGAAACUUAACCUGACCAGUGUUAAGUCUCAACUUUGGCAUUUACCAAGUUAGAAUUUUCUGAGGAAUUUUAGAAAAUGAAGAGGCUUAGGAAUCCCAGAGUAAGACUCACUAACACUGGUCAGGUCACAUUCUUGUUAGUUUAUUCCAGCUUGUAAUAGCUACCUUUGUGAAAUUAUGAUCUGUGUUUGGUUCAGUCAGUCCUUUUUUUUGUACAUUACUGUAGUAUGCAAGAGCUGUUUGUACAAAAGAAAAAUCCCUUGUAUAUAAGUUGGUGUGGUAUGUUCUUGUCUUCUAUCACAUUUGUAUUUUUUAUUCCACUUGUUUUCUUUGCUACCCCCACAAGUAGUCUAUGUACAUUUAAUCUCUUCAUUCAUUGUCAUUACUAGUGAACUGUGAACAUGUGUGAGUAAACUUACAUCUGUAUCAUGUAUUGGUUUGGUAGAUGUUAACUAUCAAAUUAUAUAUAUAUAUAUACAGAGAAGUUUCUUACAUAUGUGAAUGCCUACCAGCAAACAUUUGCUCGUAAACACUUCAAUUUGCACGAGACAGACAGAAAUCGUUAAGGAUGGAGGUCUGACAAACUCGAUGCUUUGAUUGGUGAAACCAUUGUGUUUUAAUGUUUACUGCUGCAUGUCUUCAAAUAACUUUGGACAGUGUAAUGGAGUAUAGCCAGUGUAUUUUUCACACUUGUUUGUAACACCACAGUGGUCAGUCCUGGGGUUUUGUACCCAUGUGUACAGUGUGCAGCGUGUCAUGAUAAAUAUGUCACACCUUAA